AGCCUCAGCCAGGGGGCUUAGAUGAACAUGGAUGAGCAGUGCCAACUUUUUAGUAAUACCUGUUCCAGAUUUAGUCCUCUACAAAAUGUAACCUGGUGUUUUCUAGAAGUAGAAGACUGUGUUCUACAACAAGUCGCGAUAGCUUCAGGGUGUUGUAAGCAUAUUCAUCCUUACUAAGUUUGUGUUUGUGGUAGCAAUAACUGUCAUCUUUCAACAGUAGAAGACAAACAAAUCAUGACGGAGACGUCUCCUCUGCACGCCACGGAAAGGCGUCCUGCGGAGAUCCGCGUCCACGAGAUUACAAGUUUGAGCGAUCUCGGCUUCCCUUCUGCGAACAUUCCCAACACGUUCAUCACCGGCGUUCACGAGAAGGCCCUCGAUGAACUUCAUGGAGAUUCUGACUCAGGAGUUUCCGAUAUUGACCUCGAGAGCGCCAUUGUGGGUUCCACAGGGCAAGUUUACAAUAAGAUAAUUAAGCCCGGCGACUGCGUUCUGGUGGAUAUCAUCUUGGAUUGCGGUACUGAAGGACAAGUAAAGGGUGGGCCAAAGCAAAUUGACGAGGUAAAAAAGAGUCUUUCACCGGGAUCGUCACCAAGCGACAAGCGUGCCAAUUCUCCGGCGAAGCGGGUACUUGCUAACACUUUUCUCAUUAACGCUAUAAUUUUAUUUUGGAUGGAAGUUUCCGUUUCAGAAGCGAUUAUGAUUUAACUCAUCUACAGCGACGACCAAUACUGCUUACCUACGUAAAAUCCCGAGCCCCGUAGUUCACGUUCGCCCUCGUAAUUUCUUCGACAGGCUAAAAACGCUGCUGUCGAGAAUGGUAAAGAUCAUGUCGACGCAUCCAACGACUCAAAGCGUGGUGGCUUUUCAGAGUCGCGGAGACCGACGAUGCCUAAUCUCGAUGGAUCGCAGACGAACGAAGAGACAAUGGCUACUCAUAGCGGGAAGAAAAGCUAUUACAGUGCGCUAAAUCGUGCCGGUCCUCGCGGAAUUUUGCACUUUCGUCCCUCGCAGACAACAGCAGCGAUCGUCACAUGCGGCGGCUUGUGUCCCGGACUUAAUGCAGUGAUUCACCAUAUCGUAAACACACUUUGGCACUCCUACGACGUCCGCAGGAUUAUGGGCAUUCGUGGAGGCUUUCAUGGCAUGACCAAAUUUGGUGGCGAAAAGGACUUCGCUCAAGAUCUCUUCGGUACUAGGCCAGCAAGAAGCGGACGAAGGGCAUCAGAGGUACUCGCACAAUCGCUCCUGAAAAAAAGCGCAUUCCCGUAUCAUGUUGAUCAGAAGAAACCUAUUCUGAACUAAAAUGUUUGACUAGAUGAAGUCUCAUGUACUAGGCAUCGGUAUCCUUGUUCUAUCUAUUAAUAGUAUCUUCCAGGCAUGUAUUUGUAUACACCAGAAUCUGAAUUUCGCAGGUAUCUCCAGCCCAUGCGGAUGAAGCCCUGAAUGAAUCCGGGAUAGGCCAGACUCCAACGGGACGAGAUCGAAUGUUUUGUCGAUCAGGGUCGAUUAUGCGACUCGGUGGAAACCAGUUUGAUCCCAUUCGAUUGACACCGAGAGUUGUUCACGACAUCCAACAUCUUGGAGGCACGAUUCUUGGCGCAACCCGCGGCGGCUUCGAUAUCGACAAAAUCUCAGCCUUCAUAGGUAUCACUGAUAAGAUAUAUUUUGAACUCGCUUGAGUAGGAGGAGCUGGCGCUGGGUGCGACUUUUCACCUCUUAAUGAUUACGUUUUUGUAGUCUUGUGGGUGUGGCAGCACAGCCUUAUAGUAAUGGUUCAAUAUUAUGACUCCAACUCCAACUGAAGCAACCACAUUGAAUUAUGAGUUUUUGCACCAUCCACGAAAAACGCAAAAAAACUUCCAACAGAGAAGAACAACAUUGACAUGCUUUUCAUUGUCGGAGGCGACGGCACGCAUCGUGGGGCUUACCGAAUAUCACAGCACUGCAUAGAAACACUCAAGAAUUGUGCUGUAUGCGGCAUACCAAAAACCAUUGAUAACGACAUCGGUCUUAUCGACCGAUCCUUCGGCUUUCUAACGGCUGUUGAGGAAGCGAAAAAAGCGAUCAGAAGUGCUAAGGUGGAAGCGGCUUCGAACAUGCCGAACGGAAUCGGCAUUGUUAAGCUCAUGGGAAGAAGUGCAGGGUAUUUCUGCUAGAAAAGAGAUAUACCUGACUUUCGCUCUGCUGCUGAAGCGUCGUGGCAUUUUCGGUAGAAGUAGUGUAUCUCUAUCUUCAACUCCCAGCACCAGUGAGUCGCCUUCGUCAUGAUCGAUUUCUUAAAACAACAACUAGGCUACGCAAUAUUUUUUCUUUUUUUUUGUACACCUCAAAAUAAGAUACAUAUCCGCUUUGUCGACUAUCUCAAUGGGCUCGAGCGUCGAUUUGUGUUUGAUUCCCGAAGUCCCUGUGGUGCUCGAGGGUGAGAAAGGCGUGUUACCACAUCUAGCACGGGUACUACAUACUCGAGGACACGCGGUUGUCGUCGUUGCUGAGGGCGCUGGUGAAGAGCUCAUGGGUUCGGCGGCAGAAACCGAUAAAUCCGGCAACAAAAAGCUGCCAGCUAUUGGUACUGCGACAUCAGUCAACUUGUUUUCUAGUUUUUUCAGAAAUCCGCGUCAUGGUCAUGUAGAUUGUUCACUCUGAUGCUCUGCAGAAUCCAUCUUUUUUGUUCUUUCUCUGCAGCUUCGCUCCUUUUACUAGCAGGUCGUGCCACUUCUAGAAGUAGUCUUUAUUCAUCAUAUUCAUAUGAAUAUGAUCCGUCUUGAUCUGUCUAACCAACCAGGUGAGUUCAUGACGAACGCGAUCAAGAACUAUUUCAAGAAGCUUGAGGAGGAGGUGACCGUGAAGUACAUAGAUCCUUCCUAUAUGAUCCGCUCCGUUGGGCCGAACUCUCUGGAUGCCUACGAUUGUAUGGUACUUUCAUCGGGCGCCGUUCACGGAACGAUGGCAGGGCUUACAUUAAGGCUCAACUUUCCUUGGUCACCAUGUAGAUUGGGGUCACUGAGAUCGAAGAGGGGCCCCCUUGAGAGAACAUGGGAAAACUAAGGGGCAACAAGUAGAGUAGAGAGGUGUGGGACCCCUCCCGUUCAGAGUCAGUGACCACUGACAGCUGGCCUUUAAUUAGAGGCUUUACUGUUGGGAUGGUAAACAACCACAGUUGCACUAUCCCGAUUCCGCUGAUUGAGCGUCUCUCACCGCGUACGCUGAACCCGAAAGGUCGCACUUGGGAGCGCGUGCUUGCUAUCACACAUCAACCUGUUCCCUAAACCUAAAGUAUGAAGAACGGAAAAAGUGUACUCAUACUCACAGAGUUAUCUACUUUUCUACUUAAAACCUACCUAAUUUCGUGAGGAUGAGUACACUUUUUCCUGUCAUCUGAAGAAAUGACAUUGACCUGGUUUGCCAGCAUCCUCAGAACACGGCUAUAGCAUCACAAAAGCAAGUUCUUAAUGCAAGAACUACAGCGGAACGCGUGCGUAUCGAUGGCUCAUUAAGGGUGUCGACGCUGCAGGCACACUACGUCGAAGAGAAGACCGGUUCUUUGUCUGCCACGAUCGUUGACUUCGUCCUGGCCCUGGUUUUUUGUAGGUGCAACCUUGAGGCAGAGGUAAUGCAAAGAUUAUAUAUAUGGUGCCUCCGUAAAGAAACAAGUCCGACUAUUUUUCGUGCACCAAAUGAAGUCGAGGCGCUCUCGUUUAUGGGGGAUCAGAGCACACAGCAGGUGCGUGUCGAAUCUUGUGCAUGCUGGAAACACGUGCAGCGCCUACUCCGCGUUCACCUUUUUUUACACGAAUUAUCAGCAUGAGAAUUGAUGAACAAGCAAGGUGAUGCUGCAAUCAUGCCAAUGCCUAGUAGCAGUUCAUAAACAACAACAUAAACGCAAUCGCAUUUUGAAAUAUUUUGAAUCGCCAGCUCUUGUUACACAAGGAAGUGAAAUAUGGAAGGUUCCUGUUAUAGUCAACGCAGCUAGAACUAGCAGAGAGAAUUUGUAGAGCCAAAGGCCGACUUGCCGACAAGAAUCAGAGGCUCAGUAGGAUGUAGGACGUCUACAGUUGUCGCGAGGCGUAACUCAUCUUGAUCUCAAUCUAUUCAUCAUGGGUCCUCGUUCAGGUACAAGGAAAUACAACUUCUUCUGCUUACAGGGAUACAUAUCCGAUAUGGUGUAGCAGUAGACGGAUCAUGCAUCGUUCUCUUUUUUCCGUAGUACAAUCUGAAACGUGUCGACAUGCACAUCAAGCACAUUCUUCAAGCGGACAGUGACAAGUUUUCUUCAAGAAAAUGUUUAGUGUAUGUUUUCUGCUUCUGAAUGAAGCGUUUUUCUCUGGCCCAUGUUAACAAAAUCGAUUAUACGAAGUGACGCUGGAAGAUGGACAAAAGGCCUCUGCGCUGAUUCUCGCCGAUUUGCCGACUCACUUAUGCUUCUCUCUCCUCUCUCUCCGGCUGAAUG